ACGUAGCAGGGAGCAGGAAAUUCGGUUGUAACAGUAGACCAUGCUCAUGAGAAAAACUACCGUAGCAAGCAUUUUCUUUUUUUUUUUAAUUAUAGGUAACUCAUUACGCACAAUCUGACAAAGCGGAACCUUAAUAAAUGAGCUGUUUCUACACGAAGCUAUAACAUUCUCACACUGGUGGCUACAGAGAGUUCUGUUAAGAGUGUACUUUUGUUGGUUAACUGUGCAAUAACUAUGGAGAAACUUCGUGUUUUAGAGUUGUACAGUGGCAUUGGCGGAAUGCAUUAUGCGUUGAAAGCGAGCUUAGUACCUGCUGAAGUGGUAGCGGCAGUGGAUGUGAACACAACAGCCAAUGAAAUCUAUAAACACAACUUCCCAAACACUCUACUUCUACCCAAGACCAUCGAAGGAAUGACAUUAAAUGAUUUCAAUAAACUGGACUUUAAUGCGAUUUUGAUGAGCCCUCCUUGCCAGCCUUUCACUAGGAUUGGGUUACAGUGUGAUAUUUCUGAUCCCCGAACAAAAAGCUUUCUGUAUGUCUUGGACCUUCUUCCAAGGUUUAACAAGUUGCCACGCUUCAUUCUGCUGGAGAAUGUAAAAGGCUUUGAAACAUCCUCUGCAAGAGAUGCUUUGAUAAAGACUUUGAAAGAGUGUAAUUAUAGUCUUCAAGAGUUAAUGAUCUCACCCACUUGUAUAGGAAUACCAAACUCAAGGCUACGUUAUUUCCUUAUUGCCACAGCUUUUCCAGGGUCCUUCUCAUUUCAGACAACACCAGAGAUUUUAAAUGGCUUCCCAGACUCAAGCUCCAGUGACUGCACAGACAGUUUUUCAGUUCCAGUCAGUCAAUGUGGUGGCAUCAGGAGUGAGACAAGUGAUAAUGGCUAUGUAAUCUAUAAGCUGGAGACAGCUCAGGACCUGGAGAGGAAGAGGAGUCAGGAUAGUGAAGAGACAGUGCAAAUGCUGCAGGCUUUCCUGGAAGAAGGACAGGGAAUGGACAUGGAGCAUUAUCGUCUGCCUCCAAAAACCCUGCUCAGAUAUGCCUUGCUGCUGGACAUAGUCCAACCAAACAGCAGGAGAUCAGUCUGCUUUACUAAAGGAUAUGGACACUAUGUGGAAGGAACUGGUUCAGUUCUGCAGUCCUGUACAGAUGUAGAGCUGGAGACAGUCUUUAAAUGCCUAGAGGGGCUGUCUGAUGAGGAAAAACUCAAGCAGCUAUCCCAACUAAAGCUCAGAUACUUCACACCCAGAGAGAUAGCUAACCUCAUGGGCUUCCCCUCACACUUUACUUUUCCAGAAGAUAUCUCAAUUAAGCAGCAAUACAGGGUUCUGGGCAACAGUCUAAAUGUUCAUGUAGUGUCCAAACUCAUCAGUCUCAUGGUGACAUGACCAGCAUCCAAGCUUUGCCACAUUGCAUCUGGUGGAUGAGAGACCAAAAGUCCACUGAGGUGAGCAAUGUAAGAGGGAUGUCAGACUUUGUAUUAUGUGGAUCAAGUUUGUAAAAUAAAGUCAUGCUCUUUGUA